AUGUUUGAUAAAUUUUUACCCAUAAGAAAAGAAAAAGAAGAAAAAGAAACGAUAUUUAAGUUCAAAUUUGAAAACGAAGAUGCAUUUACUUUGAAGUUUAAAUCAAGCAUAAAACUUCAAGAUGUGCGAGAGAAGUUAGCACUACAUAAAGACUAUCCAGGUGCGGAAAGUCUUCAAUUUGUUGAUAAAGAUAGAACAUUAAUAACCUAUGAAUGUGAAGAUGAUUAUAAUUUAGGAAAACUUAGCGACGAAAACUCUAUAAUCCAUGUAAAAUUUUUGUUCAUGAGUAUUAAUGUUAAUAUUGAUGGUUUAGAAAGGACACACUACUUAAAUCCAAAACACAAUUUUACAAAAGUCCGCAGAACCAUGAAAACCUUCAUCGAAAACGAAUUUUUAUUUAGGAAGCAGAAUGGACGUAUAAUUGAGACCGACGAAGAAGAGUCGAAUAAUUUAGAAAAAUUUCUUAAAAAUGAUACAUUAUACAUUUCUAUUUUGAAAGAAUCCGAUGUCAGUAUUCGCAUUUAUCAUGACAUGUCGCAUCAUCAUAGUUUUAACCGCCUUUUAGAUAAAAAAAUGGAUCUUUCUGAAAUUCGAUCUAUUCUUUCAAACAACCCAGUUAUUGAUCCUGAACGUAUGAAAUCAAAUUAUCGAUUUUCUGACCAGAAUAUGGACUUAAUCUCAAAACCAGACGAAAUAAGGAAAAAGCUUUAUGAAAUUUUGCAUAUUAAUGAAUAUGGCUCAAAUGUAUUAAAUAUUCGUAAAAUAGAUAAUCCUGAUUGGGCAAAACUAAAUAAUAAAUGCGGUUAUGGUUUUAUUAUAGACAAAGAUUCAUUGUUUGUGAAGCAAAUUCAAUCUCCUAAAUAUCGUGCAUUUACUAUUAAGGCAACAGCACAACCAUAUUUUGAUUAUGACUAUAUAGAGUCCCUAUUUGAAUGCAAGAGUGAAUUUGAUGAACUAUGCAGUAAAAAUUUUAUCACAUUUGGAAAAGUUAGCUUUAUAUUGCCAUUUAUUUCAAUUUCCUUUGGACUUGAUCAAAAGCGAUCACGUGAUAAGUUGAAAUCCAAUAAAAAAGGCACAAAAUAUGAAUAUAUUAAAAUAAGGCAUGCAACAAUAGACCUAGAUAAAAGUAAUAUUGUUUUAACUGAUGGGUUUAAUAAUGAAAUUGAAGCGGCGUUGAAAGAAAAUACUCGUAACGAGCAUAAACAUGCCGAAGAAAUAAACAAUCAAGCAUCAUUUAGCAAUAAUAUUCAAGAAUUAUUUAACAAUGAAAUCAACUUAGGUGAAUCUUCAAAUACAACGAACAAUAUCAAGUCAUCAAAAGGCAAAUUCAGUUCCACUCGUGAAAUAAAAGGUGGUAAUAAAAAUGAAUCUCAGCCAGAUUAUUGGAUUAAUUCGCUUAAUGAUUCUGAUACUUGGGAUAUUAUUGAACAUAAUAAAGUUUAUUCGAUUUUUGACCUAUUAAAAGGUGAUUUACGAAACGAAGUUAUAAAAGUUUUAGGGAAAAGGAUUUUAAAAGACGGAAUUGAUAAAAUUAGUUAUCCUACAUUUAAAAAGGAGCCAUAUGGACAUCAUAUAGGACAGAAAUUAGAUGACAUUUCUAAUAUUAAAGAUUGUGAAAUAUUUUCCACUAUAAUGAAAGAACGCAAUCGACAUAUAUUUUCGUCAUGUGUGGCUUAUGACGCUCCAGACGCACCAGUAAUCGUUAUACAACGCGUUCCAAGCAAAAAAAGCCCAAAAAGAGAAUUAGAGAACUUAAAGUCGGAUGGAUUAUUAUAG